AACAUUUCUCGCCAACACCCACCCAACCCCGCCGUGCCUCCUUGCUUGCUUGCGUCCCACCGUUCUCCAAACAUGUCUGACGAGCCCUCCCCGGAAGAGCAGAAGAGGAUCGAUGCCGAGAACAAGGCAAAGGAGGAUGCCGAGCAGGCCGCCCUGCCCUACAAAUGGACCCAGACCAUCAAGGACUUGGACGUGACUGUGCAAGUCGACGGCAAAUACAAAGGCCGUGACCUCGAUGUCAAAAUCGCAAAGACUCACCUCAAGGUGGCCAUCAAAGGCCAGGAGCCCAUCAUCGAUGGUGACCUUCCUCAGUCCAUCCACGUAGACGACUCUACCUGGACUCUCGAGACCACUCCCACCGGCAAGGAGAUUGUUGUGCAUCUUGACAAAGUCAACCAACUGGAAUGGUGGCCCCACGUCAUAACCUCGGCGCCCAAGAUCGAUACCUCCAAGAUUCAGCCCGAGAACAGCAAGCUAGGAGACUUGGAUGGCGAGACGCGGGGCAUGGUGGAGAAGAUGAUGUUUGACCAGCGACAAAAAGAGAUGGGAAAGCCCACAAGCGAUGAGCAGAAGAAGCUGGAUUUGCUGGAGCAGUUCAAGCAGCAACACCCCGAAAUGGACUUUUCCAACGCUAAGAUGGGUUGA